CGAUUUUUUGAGUUUUCGAGGGAGGCUUCCGAUUUCCGGCGGUAGUUGAACUCGCUCUCCAUACUCACCUGCGGUCUCGAGAAGAAUGGGCGAAGUCGGCGGCGGCGAGCGGUGGUGCGUGGUGACCGGCGGGAGGGGCUUCGCCGCCCGCCACCUGGUGGAGAUGCUGCUCCGCUCCGGCGAGUGGUGCGUGCGGGUCGCCGAUCUGGUCCCGUCCAUCAAGCUGGAGCCCCAAGAGGAGGACGGCGUCCUCGCCCAUGCCCUCCACUCCAGCCGCGCCUCCUACGUCUCCGCGGAUCUCCGCAACAAAGCCCAGGCCAUCAAAGCAUUUCAGGGUGCAGAGGCUGUUUUCCACAUGGCUGCUCCUGACUCAUCCAUCAACAAUUACCACCUUCAUCACUCGGUUAAUGUUGAAGGAACUAAGAAUGUUAUUGAUGCUUGUAUCGAAUGCAAAGUUAAGCGACUUAUCUAUACUAGCUCACCUAGUGUUGUCUUUGACGGUGUUCAUGGAAUUUAUGAUGGCAAGGAGUCAAUGCCAUAUCCAGCUAAGUUUAAUGACUCAUAUUCUGAGACUAAAGCAGAAGGAGAAAAACUGGUGAUAAAGGCAAAUGGUAGGUCUGACCUUCUGACGUGCUGCAUACGUCCUAGUAGCAUUUUUGGCCCUGGUGAUAAACUUUUGGUGCCAUCGCUAGUUGCUGCUGCAAGGGCUGGGAAAUCCAAGUACAUCAUUGGUGAUGGAAACAAUAUGUAUGACUUCACAUAUGUUGAAAAUGUGGCACAUGCCCAUGUAUGUGCUGAGCGAACUCUAGCCUCAGAAGUGGGUGCCAAGAAAGCUGCAGGACAGGCUUAUUUCAUCACGAAUAUGGAACCAAUAAAAUUCUGGGAGUUCAUGUCCCUUAUUAUUGAAGGUCUUGGAUAUGAGAGGCCUUCAAUUAAAAUUCCUGUCUCUGUUAUGAUGCCGAUAGCCCAUGUAGUAGAGUGGACAUACAAAUUGUUCUCUCGGUAUGGCAUGCGUGUCCCCCAGCUGACACCUUCAAGAAUUAGGCUUCUCUCAUGCAACAGAACUUUCAGUUGUGCAAAAGCUAAAGAUCAACUUGGUUAUGAGCCUAUUGUAUCACUUAAGGAUGGUCUGAAGAGAACAAUUGAGUCGUACCCCAACUUGAGAGCGGAGAAGAGAACAUCGAAGGCUACUAUCUACUUAGGAAAUGGAAAUAUUGCCAACACUAUUCUUUGGAAGGAUAAGAAACAAACGUUCAAAACAUUGUUCCUCCUGGCUGCUAUUUACUAUUACUUAUUUGCAUGUGGAUAUACCAUCAUUACAGCAAUGGCAAAGCUUCUCUCAGUGGUUGCUUUGUUCUUGUUUGUGCACGGGAUGUUACCUAUGGAAGUAUUUGGUUACAAAAUUGAGAAACUAUCACCUUCACAUUUUCACUUAUCAGAAGAGAAGGCACAUCAUCUUGCUUGUUGUGUCAGUUCUUCAUGGAAUUCUGCAGUUGGCAUACUAAGAUCUCUUUGCAAGGGAAAGGACUGGUCGCUAUUUUUUAAAGUGGUUCUUGCCCUUUCGGUUCUCAACCUUCUUGGAGCCAUGUCACUGCAGAUGACGUAUAAAAUAGGUAUUCCACUAGUUUUUGUGGCAGCCUUGGUUUAUGAAAAAUGGGAGGAUAAAAUUGAUAGCCUAUUUGAUGAUGCUGUCACCUGCAUUUUGAAACUGAAGUCCAAUGUUGCACAGAAAUGCCUGAGGCAACGGUAGUUAUACGAUAUAGUAGCUCCAAAUUUCCAUGAGCGAAGUGAGGCGAAUCUAGUUACUGCCUGGGUCUUUAAACCCAUCAUUAUCCUUGUUGCUGUCUUUAUGUUGGAUCAAUUGACAUUUGUAUCUGUAUCACCUUAAUUUUUCUUGUCCCAUCCUCACUUGUUAGUCCUCUUGGUUUGGUAUACUAAUCUUUCAUGUGUCUGCUUGCAGUUCUGAUUUCCCUGUCUCUAAACCGGGUAAUUGUAGAUCCUAAUUUUGAAGGACUAUCAAAUUCUCUUAUUAGAAAUUUAAUUUGUGUGCUGGACCUUGUGUGAGGCA